AUGGGGAAGGGCUUCCCCGUGGGGCACGGGGACCGUGGAAGCGGCGCGGUCAAUGAGUACUCGCGCGGCCUCGCUAAUCACUGCAGAGAAUGCUCGCCUAUAUCUUUCACAGGGCUGCGUGACGAGCCGCGACCACUCGGUAAGAAUCCUACCAAAGCCUGGUCCUCAACUCCAAUAGCUUCAGAAUCAUGGCAGGACGAUAUCACAGACACUACCUUAGAAGGCGCAUUGCCAGCAGCCUUCAAAAAAGCACUUAACGAGCUUUAUGUCGUCCCGCUUGCCAACGUUAAUGUUGUCCUGGUCGCUGCGUACUACAGAUCCGGUUCUUCAUUUUUUGGCGAGCUCCUGUCAACUGGGCCCAGGACGUUCUUCCAUUACGAGCCGCUGCAACUUUUCUCUAAACCUGGCCGGAUUCGUCCAGGCCGACAACGGGACGUGUUGCGACUUCUUGACCAGCUCGUCCGGUGCCGAAUGCAAAACGUACCACUUUACACCGCCUGGUUGGAGAGCAGGAAGUCCUACAAGCACAACUUGUUUUUAGUCAGCCUUUGUGGAAACACAACAUCGUGCUCGUCUCCAAGCCAUGUGGCUGCGUUAUGCUCUCGAGCACAAACGCAAGUCUUCAAGUUCACCAGGCUCCAUAUCGCUCAGGUGGCGGCUUGGAUCAAGCGGAACACGGACAUCGCCCAUAACGUAAGAGUAGUGCACCUAGUCCGAGACCCGCGCGGAAUCUACGCUUCGCGCAGCGCCCUACGCUGGUGCGCGAAGCACGAAGAGUGUCGAAGCUUCGAAUUUCUGUGCAGCCAAAUGCGCAAAGACAUUGAGGACUUCAGAAAUCUCACUGACAAGCUCUCGUCCAGUCGCACUGUCACGGUCCGUUUUGAAGAUUUAGCGGGCAACCCCUACAAAGAAGCUCCGCGGCUCUUUUCCCACCUCGGACUCAAGUAUGGGCGUUCAGUGGUCUCGUACCUACAGAACCACACAGUGUCAAACAAAAACGAUGUGAAAAACCCAUAUUCCACGAGAAGAAACACGAGCGCUAUCACUGACCACUGGAAAAGCAAGCUGUCUGCAACGAUAAUUGACAAGGUAGAGAGAGCGUGUGGUGACGUCAUGCGAAAGCUCGGUUAUAAGCUAGUUACUGCCCAAACAGGU